CAAAAGAGAGAUGAAAGACAGAUAAAAGUAUGCUUACUCGGGGACUCAGGUGUGGGGAAAAGCUGCAUUGCCCGGAGAUUUGUUCAGGAUACUUUUACGGAGAUGGAUCAUCCUACAGUCGGAGCGUCAUACAUUGCAAGAGUCGUAAAUUUAGAGAAGGCGUCUUACAAAGUUCAGAUUUGGGACACUGCCGGCCAAGAGCAAUACAGGAGUUUAGCACCGAUGUACUACAGGGGGGCCGCAGCUGCAAUCCUAGCAUUCGACAUCACAUACGAGAAUUCUUUCCUGAGUCUAACUAAAUGGAUAGAAGAUUUAAGAGACAUAGGAACUGAGGGCAUGAUUCUAGUAGUGGUGGGAAACAAAGCAGAUUUAGCACACAGCAGAAAGGUAUCAGUCCAAGAGAUUGAAAGUUUUGCUAAUGACAACGGAGUACCGUACUUUGAGACAUCAGCGAAAACAGGGUCAAACAUUGAGGACGCCUUCCUUCACAUUUGUCGAAGUGUACCAGAUUUCUUGAUCAGAUCUCCACCAGCCCCAACACGAAAUAUUCGAUUAGAUGACAGUUUUGAAGUUCCAAAACCUAAAGGAAAAAAGAAAUGCAACUGCUAGUUGAAGAUUAGUCAGAUACUAAUUUGUGAGCUAGAAAAAAAUUUCAUUAACAAGUUAAUUGGUGAGAUAUUUAGUCGAUUGAUUGAUAAAAUUGUCAGUUUAUGGACCUGAAUUCUGAAAGAUUCUAUUCGUUCAACAAACCGAUUUGUAGUUUUUGCAGAAUCGUAAAAUCAUAUCUAGUUAAUUAGAUCACAAUUCCGGAGAUUAGUUUGGCAACAAACUUGUUCAUACGAAAGUUUUUAUUUUGUUGUUGAGACACGUGACUUGAGAGAGAAAUUCUCGAAUUUAAUUGGGUCAGUUGGUUGGAUUGCAAGCUAAUUAUUAUAGCCAAGAAAAUGCCUGCAGUUGCUACUUUUUUAUUGGAUAUAUUGCAUUUUUACUAAUCACUACCAUUUGAUUGCCAUUUGUGUGAAUUUUUGGAUUGAUUUCAAGGCACCUGUUCAGCUUAUAGAAUAUAAUCAUUUUACGGUGGCCGCAUUGUUAUCACCGGUUCUAUUCUAUAAUUUAGUGUUAUGCACCAGGAAUGGUAUUGUUCUUUCUAUAACCAUGAAACGAUUCGUCUGUUGUUUU